AAAUAAAGAACCGCGUCUGCAAUCAUUUAUUAGAACCGACCAUUUCGAUUUCAUCUGCGCAUAAAUCACCACAAGUACAACCUAAAUGUCAAAGCAUUGAAAGUUAGAGAAAAAAUCUGUGUGAAGAAAAGGAAAGAAAAGAAAAAAGCUGACAUACAUUGUGCUUGAAUCAACAAUGGCGACCGGAGCGAGCUAUCCGGCGGCGGCGAGUCCGGUGGUUGUGGUGGCCCCGCAUUUCUGCGUUGGUCACCCCGUCGAUCUCACUAUAGUUCGGAAGAUGAUGACUUUGUCAGAAGGAACUUUCGGAGUCACUGAUGUUGAUGGCAACUUAAUGUUCAAAGCCCAAGGCAAAAUCUUCAGCCUCCAUGACCGGCGAGUCCUGCUUGAUGCUGCCGGAACCCCUCUCAUCACUUACAAGGAAAAGCUAAUGUCUGCACAUAGAAGAUGGGAAGUUUUCAGAGGAGAGAGCACAGAUGAAAAGGAUAUGCUUUUCAGUGUGAGGAAGUCGUCGUUGUUUCAAAUGAAGACCAAGUUACAUGUGUUCAUGGCUUCCAACACAAGCGAAGAUAUUUGCGACUUCAGGAUCGAAGGCAACUGGUUCGAGAGUAAAUGCGCCAUUUAUGCUGGAAACUCCAAUAAUAUCAUUGCUCAGAUGCACAGGAAUCAUAGUGCAAAAAGUAUUCUACUCGGGAAAGAUAACUUUGGGGUGACUGUGUAUCCUAAUGUAGAUUACGCCUUCAUCGUUUCGUUAGUCGUAAUCCUUGAGGAAAUUAACACGGACAGAAACGAGAGUUGAAAGUCUGUAAUUGAUGAGUUUGCCUUUUGAAAUAACAAGUCCUUGGAGCCUUUGUUUUGAUUUGUUUGGAUGCAAUUCAUUUGCUAUAUUGUUGUAUUUAUUUUACCUUAAUAUGUUGUUUUGAUUUUAAAAGGGCUGUGUGGUUUGUAAUUUAUGUACUAUGUAUGUUCUUGUUGUAUUUUAAAUUGUAAUUAUGGAUUUGAUUAAUAAAGUUUCUGGCUUGGCCUUG